GCGGCGGCAGCAGCAGCAGCAGCAGCGAAGAUGGUGGCCGCUCCGUGCGCCCGGCGGCUGGCGCGGCGCUCCCGCUCGGCGCUGGUGGCGGCACUUACCGUGCUGCUCGUGCAGACCCUCCUCGUCUGGAAUUUCACCUCCCUCGAUGCCGGCGAGGAGCAGCGCGGCGGCGCCGCCGGCCGCGAGAAGCGAGACCACGGCGGAGACCAGCGGGUGCACCCGCAGCGCCGCGGACCCGCCGCCCCGCACGGCAAGGCGAUGAUUGAACCUCCUAGUCCUUACACGAGCUUGGAGACUCAGGAUGGCUAUUUUUCCCACCGACCGAAAGAGAAAAUGCGAACAGACAGCAAUAAUGAAAAUUCAGUCCCCAAGGACUUUGAAAACAUUGAUAACAGUAACUUUGCUCCCAGGACUCAGAAGCAAAAACACCAGUCUGAGCUGGUGAAAAAACCCCUUAGCAAGCAAAAGGAGCACUUGAGAAAAAAACUGGAAGAGGAGAAGAUGAAGAAGAACUUGCUGCUGGGGAAGAACUCCAAUGAGGUGGUGCAGUUCAGUGAUCACCCGGUCAAAAACAGCAGCAGCAGCAGCAACAACAACAGCAAUUUGAAGGCAGUUCACAGGUCUUCCAGACACCACCACGUCAAAAAAAAAGGAAACGGCUCCCCUGAACUGACAUACGACCAACCACCCAAGUGUGAGGUGACGGGCAAAGAGGCAAUCUCAGCCAUGUCCCGCUCCAAAUCUAAGCAGUGUCGGCAGGAGAUCGCAGAGGUGUAUUGCCAGCACAAGCACGGGAAGCUGAUGCCAGAGAAGGUGACGCGGUUCUGUAAGCUGGAGGGAAAAGCCAACAACAAUGUACAGUGGGAUGAGGACUCCGUAGAAUACAUGCCAGCCAACCCAGUCAGGAUCGCAUUUGUCUUGGUUGUUCAUGGCAGAGCUUCUCGGCAGCUCCAACGCAUGUUUAAGGCUAUUUACCAUAAAGACCAUUUUUAUUACAUUCAUGUUGACAAGCGAUCCAAUUACUUGCACCGGCAAGUACUCCAGUUUGCCAACCAGUACCCAAAUGUGAGAGUCACUUCCUGGAGAAUGGCAACUAUCUGGGGAGGAGCAAGUCUUCUGACCACCUACCUGCAGGCCAUGAGGGACUUAAUGGAGAUGAAUGACUGGCCAUGGGAUUUCUUCAUUAACCUCAGUGCUGCUGACUACCCAAUCAGGACAAAUGACCAGCUAGUAGCAUUCCUGUCCAGAUAUCGCGAUAUGAACUUCUUGAAAUCGCACGGGAGGGACAACGCAAGAUUUAUCAGGAAGCAAGGACUGGAUCGGCUUUUCCUGGAAUGCGAUACCCACAUGUGGCGCCUGGGGGACCGGAGGAUCCCAGAAGGAAUUGCAGUUGAUGGAGGGUCAGACUGGUUUCUCCUGAACAGGAAGUUUGUGGAGUAUGUCACUUUCUCUAAUGACGAUCUCGUAACAAAGAUGAAGAGGUUUUACUCUUACACAUUGCUUCCUGCUGAGUCCUUCUUUCACACCGUUCUGGAGAACAGCCCAUACUGUGACACCAUGGUGGACAACAACUUGCGCAUCACGAACUGGAACCGUAAACUCGGUUGCAAGUGUCAGUACAAGCACAUUGUUGACUGGUGUGGCUGUUCACCGAAUGACUUCAAACCAGCAGACUUCCACCGAUUCCAGCAGACUGCCAGGCCAACUUUCUUUGCCCGCAAAUUUGAAGCUGUGGUGAACCAAGAGAUAAUUGGCCAGUUGGACUACUACUUGUACGGCAACUACCCAUCCGGCACACCCGGCCUGCGGUCCUACUGGGAGAACGUGUACGAUGAGCCUGACGGCGUGCACACCCUCAGCGAUGUCGCCCUCACCAUGUACCACGCGUUCUCCCGCCUGGGCCUGCGCAGAGCCGAGACCUCAUUCCAUGCUGCUGGAGACAACAGCUGCCGCUACUACCCCAUGGGCCAUCCAGUUUCCGUCCACCUUUACUUCCUUGCUGACCGUUUCCAAGGCUUCCUAAUCAGACACCACGCAACCAAUCUGGCUGUCAGCAAACUAGAGACUUUGGAAACGUGGGUGAUGCCCAAGAAAGUCUUUAAGGUCGCAAGUCCCCCAAGCGAUUUUGGAAGGUUGCAGUUCUCAGAGAUUGGCACCGAAUGGGAUGCCAAGGAGAGGCUUUUCCGGAAUUUCGGAGGACUCCUCGGGCCGACAGAUGAGCCAGUUGGGAUGCAGAAAUGGGGAAAAGGCCCCAAUGUCACCGUUACUGUCAUUUGGGUGGACCCUGUUAACGUAAUUGCAGCAACAUAUGAUAUUCUGAUUGAAUCCAGUGCCGAAUUUACUCACUACAAACCACCUUUGAAUUUGCCCCUGCGACCCGGUGUCUGGACGAUAAAAAUUCUGCACCACUGGGUACAGGUAGCUGAAACCAAAUUCCUUGUUACUCCUCUCACCUUCUCUAACCAGCAGCCUAUCAAACAAGAGGAAGCCAUGAAGUAUCACAGCGGGCCUCCAAAGAACGCAUACAUGGAGCAGAGCUUCCAGGGCUUGAAUCCCGUCCUGAAUAUCCCCAUCAGUGCUGCCCACGUGGACCAGGCCAAGAGGAACGCGGGGCUGGUGGGCGCCCGGCUGGAAGCCUGGGUGGACUCUCUAGUGGGCAGCGUCUGGUCGGCUGUAGACAUCUGCAGCACCGGCCCCACUGCAUGCCCAGUCAUGCAGGGCUGUGCUCAGACAGCCUGGAGCUCCCUGAGCCCGGACCCCAAAUCUGAGCUGGGCCCUGUCAAGCCCGAUGGUCGCUUGAGGUAGCAUCCGGUACGCAGUCCUCCGGCAUAGGAUUUUAAAAGGGAAUUUAACCUUGCUCGUAUGUGAAUCUCACACCACAUUUCAGCAAUCUAAGGGAACAUUUUACAUUUUUGUUACUUACUGCAAUGUAAUUCAUUUAAAAAAAAAAAAAAAGUUUUGACAAGGCCUUUGGCACUGCCCUCUCCAUCAGCAGUGGCAGGAGCAGCUCUGCUUCUCCUGCAGGCUCUGCUGUCCCGUGGGGCCGUGGCUGCACCAUUGCCUCUCUGGGUUUCCCAACUAGCACCAAGCCAUGGAGAGGGCAGUGAAGGAGCAGCUGCUAACAGUGUUUUUUAAGAAUAAAUUUGUCUGUACCUCUGCUGUUUCAUAGGCUUUCGUUAUUUUGCUACCAUGAAUAAAUCACAGCAAAAUCCCCUUCUACUUACACUUCCUGGGGAGGUUGGUUACUGCAGGCUAGAGCCUGUAUGGCCGCAUUACCUCACAGAGGAUUAAUUGUGGUACACCAUCACUCUUUUUUUCUUUAAUAACACAAAGUAAUUCUGGGCUCGGCUAAUGUCUGUUAUCCUAGUUAGAGAAAAUGAGUAAAAGCAGAAACUGUCAGAUUACAGAGAUUUUUGAGAUUAAUUUCAUGAUAAACUCUAAAUGGACCCAGUGUAUUGCUGUAUCAGUCUUCUGUGUCUCGUGCAGUCAGGUUCAGGUUCUGCAUACUAAGAGUACUAAUUUAAAGAAUGAAGAAGCAUUUUGGAUUUCAGCCUUUUCGGAUCUGCAGGGUUUUUUCUAAGCCCACCAGUACCUAAGCAUUUUUGCAGACUGGCAGUGUGUGUAGGUUGGGGUGGGCUGUGAUGUGUCUGCUGACACCCUUUGCUGAUCCUGCUUGCGAGCUGAGCUGAGUUUUCUUUCGGGCAGUGGAGUUGCGCAGAACCAGUAAAAUGGUAGAACUGGAACCUAAAUCUACCACAUGUUCCUUGCCUGGGUUGAGUAUUGCCUAGUAAGUCUUAACACUAAUUCCCUCACAUGAUCUCAGAUCUCUCAGCUCUUCAUGACAAAGGGUCCUUCUGGGCUUGUGCAGGACAUCUGGAAGGUUGUGCAGGAUGUGGAUUCCUGACCGAAGCCAUGAGCUGAAAAGGAAGGAGAGCAAUGCGAUGUUUGUCAGCGCAUUUACUUUAUGCUGUCAACAAAGUACCCUUGCCUAUCUUCAGCAUUCCUAGCAGGUUGCGUCUUGUUUUAACCAGGCAUGUUUUGUGUCAUUUUAAGCAGCAUUUUCUACAGUAGGAAAAAAAAAUCAUUUAUAUUCCAGUAACUUUUUAAAAUGUAGGUUCGUUUCCAACUAACUAAUGCAUUUUACAUUAGCAUAAAACAUGCACUUUGUUGUUGUUGCUGUGGUAAUCUCUUGUUAACAACAUAACCCAAAAAGGUUAUUAAAAGCUCUUGGGUUUUAAGAAAAAAAUCCUGUUGAUGUAAUUAAGGUAUCUGUUUACCCUUCUGUGUGUAUGGCUAACUUUCUGCUGAUGAGAGUUAAGCAUCCACAUCAGGAGGGAAAUAGACCCUUAAAUCAUUCUAUAAUCGCAUCUCACAGAAAGGUUGAAUUCCCUUUUAAAUAACAGUUGCAAGAUGACCGUAACACACAGACGCCAGUGGCUUGUAGUAUCUCUCUCCGUCGUAUUGGUUUAAAGCUACUUGCAGUUUGCUUUGGACUGGAAAUCGCGGUGUCAGCUGUGCUGGCAUUAGGCAGAGCAUUGAAAUGUUUAUCUGGCACAAAAAUGGAUGCAUAGAAGGAACAAUUUAGGUAUUUAUUAUUUAUGUUUUAGUCAAUGACUAAUUAGUAGGUGCUGCUUUUGCAGCUUGAAGAUUAUGUUAUCUUACUAACUGAAGCUGCCUUUAUUAAGAAAAGGCCUUCCUCCCCUCACACCUCCCUUUCUUUAUUUGUCUUGAUUUUGACAGGCACUAGAGCUAUAGUUUUAGGAAAGCCUGUAGCAGUGAGAGCUGGUUGAAAUAUUUCAGUCAAGAUAAUGUUCCAGCUUUUCAACAAGCUCUAGAGGCAAGCAUGUUUAAAACCAGGGUUGCCAACAAGUUUAUAGAAUAGAAACACAGCAUUAAUACUUACUCAGUAGGGUUUUUUUAACAGUGCUUGUUUUUAAGCUAACAUUCCUUCAUGAAGUUCAAAUUUUCUGGGGACUUCCAAUCCUUACUGUGAAAUCCAGGGCUUUAGUCACACUGAUCCACUGGCAACUGCACGGAUCAAGCCCUGCAGAGUAAAUGAAGAACAUGGUAUUUACGGCACACAAUAAAAUUCAUUAACAAUCCCAGUCAGUAAUCGUUCUCAAUAAAACUACUGGGGUAGUUGCAAAAUCUUCAGUCUUGCACAUGAGCAUAUGUAUAAGGAUGCGCCCACACACCGCAUGCAGAUAACUUGGGUUUUAAAUUUGAUACUUUUUUUAUUCUUAAGCAGCAAUGAUGUUUUUAAGUGCUUUAUUGGUAAGUUUUCAUUAUUAACUAGACCAAGCAGAAGGUAACGACAAUUCCAUCUUUUACGGCUAGAAGAAAAUCUGCCACUUCUGUCAGGUGCAGAUUAUUUUGUUUUAGUACAAAAAAGGGAAAGAAAACAAAUGGUUGCUGAUAUAUCUAUUGAUGUUAUAUGCUAGGUUUCAGAUAUCUCACAACAAAAUUUAUAUUAGUUUAUUUUCUGAAAGACAAAAAGCAUCUCAACAAAAGUUUUGUAGCAAGCUGGCAAUCCCAGUGCUGCUGUUAAACAUGUGAUGUAAAACUGAACUGAUCCUGCAGCCCUUUCUCAGGCACAACUUCCAUGGAGUGCUAAUGCUGAGUAAGGACUUCAGAGUCAAGUCCCACAUAAACGAAAGGUGUGACAGUAUGCUAUGAGUAGAUACUGUAUGUGUGUGAGGCCAUCAAAGGCUGAGCUGCCGUGUUUGGAACAUCUUCUGGGGCAGUGUCAAGUUUUGGACCUAAACAACAAUCUCUACUAUUGCUGUUAAUAUACAGACACAGAUGCAUAAGUUAUAUACGGGACACUGUGUCUGAGUUACUGUAGUUGUGAAGAAAAACCGUGGAAAGCAAGAUGCUUUUCAUCAGGGAUCAAGCUUGCUCCAAGCUGAUGCUGUGGUAGCUAGUGCUGCUAAGACUGAUGUCGUGCUUAGUGGCUUUUCUGGUUCUGAAAUGGCAGGCACUUGGAGCCUGUGAUGAAUAUUAUCUAUUGUUAGAAGAGAAUAACUUCACAGAUCUUACAUUUGGUGAAAAGGAGAAUUCAGAGCAGGGACCCACAGUUCAUACAAAAAAAGCAAGUUAUGCAUCUUCGUUUGAACAUGCGAGUGUUCUUUUCCAAUUACCCUGGCUGGUCCGUGCUGAACAGGACUCCAGCUGAUCAGUUUCGCUCAAAAUCCCUUUCUGUGGGAGAGGGUUGUAGUUCCAUAUGCACACAUUUGUCCUCUGUGUGUAAUGCUUUGUUCAUUUGAAUUCCGUGCCCGUUCUGCACUAUAACCAUGUAACACUUCUGUAAUCAAUCAGCAUCACACAGAAAGGGAAUGUGGUGAAAUGCAGAACAUCUACAUACAUGAUUUAAUGAAUUAUGUCCAAAGUCAGUCUAAGCAUUAUGCAAACCUGUUUAUAUGGUAAUGUUAAACCUUGAGGCUAAUAGAAAUAGCUAAAAUGACAGUUUAUUUUCAGAUUUGUCCAGUCUUUCUUUGAUGACAUUUGGACAUUGAGCAGUAAUAUUUGUAUUUUCAUUUUCUGAUAUUCAAGGGGUUUUUUUAGAAUUGAAAUUAUGUCUUCAUUUUUUGUGCUCUUGGCAAGCAGAGAAUUUUAACAAUUCCUUCAUGAUAGCAAGUGUUAUACAAGAAAGUAUUCGUUACUGCUAAGCCUGGAGAUACAGGAAUAUGCACUCAUGUGUUACAAAUUGACUUUCCUAGGUAUUGGCUCCAGUGCACAAUGCAUGUACAGCUGUUUAACGGCAUAUUAACAAUGAUCCUGCAGCACCUUCAAAAGGACCAACUAAUCUGUGUUCACCUCCUGUCCAUCUCCUACAGCACUGAUUGCAAUACUAAUGAAGUCUCCAUCACUCUUAGGUAUGAUGAUCAUGAACAGAGUAGUGAAGUCAGUGUAUCAGAACUGGGAUAUUCUAAACCUGACCAAAGGGAGAGAUGAAGGGUAAAGAAGAUGCUGAAACUUUGCAAAAGUUUGACAAUUGUGCUGCAAAAACACCUGUGAACGAACUGGGCACCUUCUGCACAGCAAGGCUGAGAACCACUGAUACCGUGAGAUCUCAGCUUUGACUUCCCAGAUAAAAAGAAAGCAAGAUCCAGAUUUUUCUUGUGGCCAGGCAAUGAGGAGCAACUUCCUAUUGUUCUUUAGUUCUCUUUCAUCACAGCUAACAGAGAAGUGCCAGCUUGCCGCUGGCUGUCACACCCUCCUCAUUGUCUUCCCAGAUUCCAAAGCUUCAGGACUUGGCCACAGGAAAACUUGGCCAACUCCACUGCUUUUCGUUGAGCAGGAAGUUCUGUACUUGUGUGAGCCAAAUGCCUUAGGCCUCUUCAAAAACACUAGCUGUAAAUCAGAAAAGUUUGCUUUUCAGAGCAGCGUUCAGUCAGCUCAGUACUAACGCACAUGAAGGAGUUGGUAAAAGUGAUCGCAAUUAUCUUUUCUUGAUUUUCAGGCAUGGAUAUUGGAUAUAGGUAAUAGUAGGUUUGGUUAUUUCAGCAACAGAGUAAGACUGACCUGGUGGGAUGUGGCUAGUGGCAUUUCCCACCGGCGUUUGCUUCAAUCUGGUUGUAAAAAGUUAAAGGUCCAUAUGUCCAUUAUUUCACCCAUUUCACCCAACCGUACAUUAAAUGCAUAUUAAAUGACAGUAGAAAAUACCAUGUAAAGAAGUGUUCCCAGACCAACCCUCUGGCUUCUGCCAAGACAGCUCCAGGGCUGCUGCCCACAGAGCAGGCAGGAGUGAUGCAGUGUUGGGAGACAGGACAGUGCCCUUUGAGGGGCCCAGCUAGAGUUACGGAGAGCAGGAAUACUGGCUGCAGAGCUCCUGCUGGGCACAGAGGAGCCACACAAAUGUGAAUUAGGAUUAAGGGUAGUAAGGAAGAAUUUCUAGGGAAAUACUUUUUUUCCUAUAGAUUCUUCAAGAGCAAGCAAAUGCUUUGAUUUGUAACUCCCUUUGAAGGUGUAGAGUAGAAGAGUAGGCCUUUGAAAACCUUCCCCACCACCAUCACAGUAAGGGCAGGAACAAUCAGGCUGAGAGCAUUUAAAAUCAAGACAAGACCUUACAGCCGGUGUUACCCAGGGCCACGGUGGCAUUAGGCUGUCUCCAGUUCAGUGCGGUGUUGGCAGAGAUUAACCCUCAUGAUGUGAUACUGCAGGUACUGUGUUGAUUUUGUUCCUUUACACUAACAGUAGUAUUAUGUAGAUCAUUCUCUGCUCUUUGCUUCUGCCUUGGUUACCUUCUUUUGCUCAUGGGUGCUAUCAAAGCUGCUACCUCACUGUGUCUGCAAACACGUUUACCUGAUAACAACAAAAAAAGGUACCAGAAAUCUCCUUGAGCUGAAUGUACAAUCUAUGCAAAUUCUCUUUCUACUUUGUUAAAACCUAGAAGUAUUACUUGUAGCCUUGCCAAAUAAACAGCAAGAUACUGUACAGGUGCCUCUGAUAACAGAGUGACAAUUCUAGGCGCGGUUCAUUGCGCUGCAUUUGUAUAUUGUAAUGACUUGACUUGUCUUUGGUUAUGUUGUAAUUAACACCCUCAACUGAGAAGAUAGCAAUCUCUUGCUAGGGGAGCACCUUCAGUUUGCUGGGAAUAUUCCGGAGGAGGAUGUGUAUGGCAUUCCCAUUUAUUUUCCUGCUUACAUCCAAAAGAAGGCACAGACCUGCUGGCCAAAACUAGAAUGUUGUUUCAGAUUUCCGUGGGUGAAUCCUAUCAGCUUUGGAUUGCUUGGUGUCUGUUCCCAUUGUGGCAUCCAGUGUGUUGCCCCUUAAAGAAAGCCUUACUUUCAUCCUUUCUAAAUGUGGCCUUAAACUGUGUUAGGAGGUUUGGUGUUGUCUGUGUCUUGCUCUUUUUCUGUUUAUUGUGGAAUGAAUAAAAGGCACCUUGAGAUUUCUAUUACAGCUCAGUUGUGUUGCUGUCAGCUUACACUUUACAAAUACAGUAGAAAUUGCUUACAAAUGCAGUCUUUAAGGGAAGAAAAUGACCUUCCCUUUGGGCAAAAGGAAGGCUCAGACGUUCACAUAAACCUUAGGAAAUUAUGUCUUUUGCAACUCACUGUAGAUAAAGAAGGUUGAUUUAAUUAAUUACCUACAAAGUCCAAACUUAGUAACUUCUAAUUAUCUUCAGACUGUAACAGGACAGACUGCUCUCAGAUGCACAAGACAAAUUCUGGAGUAAUUUCACCCAUUCUGACAUGACACAGUAGCGUUCCUUUCAGAUGUGCAGUGGCAGCUGGGAGAAGAUAGAUCCUUUUAAUGGUAUGGUCUUAAAAUCUGAAGAAUGUCACCACGUGAGGCCAGAUUUUGCAUGAUGGGUGGGAAUCUAACAGUACACUUGGAAGACAGAGGAGUCUGGUUGUAUCAUCUAAGUCAUAAAUGCAUUUCCAAAACUCUGGCUUUUGGAGCAUCAUCCAAACAUUGUCAAAGACAGCAGAAACCAAGGACUUCUGCUAAGGCUUUUAUUUUUGGGGUUUCUUUAAUACUUUUCUCCAUGAGAACUGUUGUGUUUCAGUAGCACCAAUAUUCCCGGCAGGCUGCAGUGCUUUUAGGAAUCCCAAAUCCUAGCCUGUUUUGGUAUUCAAAUGUGGAUAGAACCCAAAGGCAACUGAAAAGGGUUUACAUAGAAAACAAGAUUUGUGAAACAAAAAGAAUUAAUUGGAGUUAAUGAAAUUAUCUUUCUGACUUUGUCAUUUUGGUUUCAUUCUGGGUUGAUUGGAUUUUUGUAUUGCCUAACAUGGUCCAUAAUAAGUUAUUCCUAUUCUGUCAUUUUCAAAGACUGGUGGUAAUAUAGUUUUAAGAAAUAACUAUUUUGUUAUAAAUCAUAAUAUGCAUAAAAUUGUACAGAAAUAUUUUGUAAGCUAUUGAAUAAGAAAAAAAGAAAACCAUGUAUACACAGCAAAGUUUAAAAAAAAAAAAUUGGAAAUUCAAAUGGAACACACUGAAAGAUGUAGAUAUUUUGCUAUUUAUUUAAAGGAGUAUUUUAUGAGCUAUUGAAAUGUCUUAAAUUGACCGGUAAUCAAAGUUCAAAGUCAGAAUGCUUUUCUUGUAGUAGAAUGUGAUUUUCAGCAAUUAUUGCACUACCCGGUUUUGCACCCUUUUGUCUUUCAUUUAGCAGAAAACAACGUGCCUUAGCUGUAUUCUUUGUCAAUGGGAGUUUGGUUUUUUUUUUUGUCUGACAAAGCAAAUUUUUUUUGCAGAAAAAGAAAUGGAUGUAUUAAAAAGUGUAUUAUACCAAAAACACUGCAGGUGUAUAUAGAUGCUUUCUGUCAUACUGUGUUUUCAGAUGCAGAAUUUUAAAAUUAAAAAAAAAAAAGGCUGUCUUUAGGAA